AAAAUAUCAUAUAUUUAUGAUAAAUAGGUUCAUGCCUAUGUAUCUUUAAAUAUUCAAAAGUUGAAUCAGGUUUACAUGUGGCAACUACACUUUGUUGCAUUGUUGAGUGCAGGUCAUGGAGCAUAGAGAAAAUAAUUUCUCUAUGCUCCAUGGUGCAGGUGCUGACCUUACUAAAAAAAAAAAAAAAAAAGCUGUAGUCAAUUAGUCAUGAUUGAAGAAGAUAAAAAUUUUGUUUCCUUAUAAUUUUCAGGCUUCAAAAUGAAUAGGGCGGCGCGCGUCGAGCCCACUCCUCCGGAGUGCGCACUUGCUGCCGAAAUGUUCGAUCAUUUCUGUGCAGCGGGAACCAUGAAACAAAUUCUAGCCCUCCAUAGAGAAAUUUGCAACACACUCAAUUUGAAACCUAACAGACUUCCGGAUUUUUAUCCAAAAUUGAAGGCCAAAUUAACUAGUUCAUGGAAGGCUCAAGCUCUCUUUAAAAAAUUUGAUGCUCGCGCAAAUCAUAAAGUGUACGCAAAAGGCCGAGCCUGUACUCAAAAUAAGGUGCUCAUAAUAGGAGCCGGGCCAUGCGGCUUGCGCGCCGCUAUCGAGUGUCAGCUUCUUGGUGCCAAAGUGGUGGUGGUUGAAAAACGCGAUAGAAUGUCCAGGAACAAUGUUCUCCAUUUGUGGCCCUUUGUAAUACACGACUUACGAGCGUUGGGCGCCAAGAAAUUCUUUGGCAAGUUUUGCGCUGGGUCUAUAGAUCAUAUCAGCAUAAGGCAGUUACAGUGCAUACUUAUGAAGGUGUCGCUAUUGCUAGGCGUAGAAUUUCAUGAAGGAGUCGGUUUUGAAGAACUUUUGGAGCCAACUGUUACAGAAAACUCUGAAACAUUAGGCUGGCGUGCGAGAUUUAGUCCUCCAGACCACCCAGUAUCACAAUACGAGUUUGACGCGCUCAUUGGCGCUGACGGCAAACGAAAUACUCUGCAAGGGUUUAAACGUAAGGAGUUUCGUGGGAAACUUGCAAUGGCUAUUACAGCUAAUUUUAUCAACCGACACAGUGAGCAAGAAGCUUCGGUGCCUGAGAUAAGUGGAGUAGCUUUUAUAUUUAACCAGAAGUUUUUUAAGGAAUUAUAUGAAGAAACUGGAAUAGAUCUUGAAAAUAUUGUCUAUUAUAAAGAUGAUACACACUAUUUUGUGAUGACUGCAAAGAAACACAGUCUUUUAGACAAAGGAGUUCUUUUAAAUGACUAUGCGGAAGUAUCUCGUUUGUUAAGCGUCGAGAAUGUAGAUAGAUCGGCGUUGAUGAGGUACGCGCAGGAAGCGGCCCGCUUCUCAACAGACGGACGGCUACCUUUGCGCGAUUUUGCGCUGAACCAUUAUGGAGAACCAGAUGUUGCUCUCUUUGAUUUUACGUCGAUGUAUGCUGCUGAAAAUGCCAGCAUGGUAUACGAACGACACGGAAGGCGGUUGCUAUGUCAAUUAGUUGGGGACAGUUUACUGGAACCAUUCUGGCCGACGGGUUCCGGUUGCGCUCGAGGUUUUCUCUCCGCUCUCGACUCGGCUUGGGCGGUUCGAGCUUGGGGGCAAACGCCAAUGCCACAUCCUCUUGAAGUAAUCGCUGAACGAGAAUCUAUAUACAGGUUGCUAGCUCAAACAACGCCUGAGAAUCUACAUCGCGACUUCGGGGCAUACACUUUGGACCCAGGCACGCGAUACCCCAAUCUUAACCGCACAGCUGUUACGCCACACCGCGUUACUUCCUUCUACGAUUCGGACGAGCCACUGCCACUCGAUGCAGUACCCACUGCUAAGAAGAGACGUCGAGAACCAGAAAUAUCAGAAGAGACGCUCAUUGGUUGGGUAGGAUAUGAGGAACCGGGACUCAGGGCAGCGACUGGUCCAGCUGCUUUAUACGAACUGCUUAAACGAUAUCGACCGGACCUUAUACCUCCUGAAUCGUCACCAAAGGCAGUUUACCACAUUUUACAGCAGGAGUUUGGAAUAAUGCCAGUCACAGCCAAUGGAUCGAACCGAGACAUUCCGGAAGCAAAGCUACGAUCCUAUCUGCUUCGCGUGUACCAUGCGUUUAAGGGUGAAGUUCCUCAUAUAUACCACAAGACAGAUAUGUUCGAUCAGAUUAAAAAAAGUCAGCAAACAGAAAAGAAUAUUCGAAACACAGCUCACUCUGUUUCUGUUUAUUCAAAUGCUGUAGAGACUGACAAAUCUCAUUCGAGCUAUAGAAAAAAGCGGCGAUCCGUUCGUUCUCAACAAGAAGAAGGACGCAUAGUGGGAGGCGGCGGCCGCACUGCGGGUGGGGGAGCUCGCGUUGCACGUUUGGCCGCUGAACUGUCUAACAGUACUACCUCGCCCACAGCGCCGAAGUGCUCGAAACCUAAAGAUCUGAUGAGAUCCGUUGGAAAAAUCGAACGAGACGAUUGGAACGUUAAGGAAAUCGAACGAAAGAUAAUGGAGAACAGGCUCGGCCGGCCCGAGCCUAAAGCCGCAGAAAAGGUGCCGAAAUGGGACAGGGAACAAUUCUUGGGUCGUCAACGAAGGCUCAAAGAAGGGGACGCAAAUGAGGAAAAAUGGGGAGAAAUAGACGAAACCCUGCACAAGUUAGAUCAGAAACUAAGAGACUCUGGACGACCAGUUCACGGAACUAAGAAGGUAGCCAAUUUAGCAACUAAAUUUGUUAAAAAGGAUGAACCGGAAGCAAGCAAGGCUUCUAAAGAAGAGCUAAGGAAACCUUGGCGGGGUCCGUCGUCAGCGGGCAUGCAGUGUGCGGCGUGUGGGACGCGAGUGUUCGCGGCGGAGGGCGUUGUGGCAGACGGACUGCACUUACACCGUGCGUGCUUCCGGUGCGCGGUGUGCAAGACGGUCCUCAGGCCUGGUAACUACACAAUGGAGCGUUAUGGCAGUCGACUAGUGUGUCUCCGGCAUUCAGGAGUAAGCGCGCCCGACGCGAUAGUAUCAAAUGUACUGCCGUGUCCUAGAGGCGACGCUCCGACCUCCACUCCUGAAAGAAUUAGUCUUGAACUCUCUGAUGGGGCGCGAGAGAUCGAUGAAGAUGAAUGGACCGAUAGAAACUUCCUCGCCUCAGAGACGUCCGGUGCUGGUGGACUCAGCGAUGAAGACGAAUCAAGUUCGGACGAGUACACAGAUGCAGGAGACAGCGAUAACGACGUUGAGCUGUCUCCGGAGCCCGUGGUCGCCGAGUCGAGGCCGCCGCACUCCAAUCUCUAUUUCUCAGAUGAUUCUUUUGGAUACGAUGAUUACUCGGAUGAUGGUGCGGAAUCGUCCGGUAACGAAUCGUGUUCGCGCAUGCGCGCCGCGCGCGAGGCUCGGCGGCGCGAGGUGCCGGCGGAGGCGCGGCCGCCGACCGACAGCAGCGAGGUGGAGUCGGAAGAGGAGAGUGAGAGCAGUGAUGAGGUGUCGUCCGCGACUGAAGUGUCAACUGACAGUGAGUUCGCUCGCGAGGAAUGUGCACCGAUGCCGGCAUCGCCACCCGCCAUCUUAGUGACGGAAGCGACGCCCCCUGCGCCUCCUCAACUCCCUGAGUACCCCCUCAGUAGAACUCGAUCAGCCGGUGGCCUGGCCACCAAACGAGCACUAGAAUUAAAAAGAAAAUAUCUCCUAGGCGAACCAUCCCCUCCCGCUGUAAGAAAAUCAGACUCUACAUCGCAAUUGGACACCAAAUUGGAAGCUUUCCGAUCUACUAUUACAGAAUUUCAGAAGUUAUUACAUCCUGCACCCACCCAGCCUCAGAAACCUAUUGUGACGUUUCGGAUUAAUUCUGGAGAGGAAAAAGUACAACCCAUGCCCGAUAUCAUUAAAAAUCUGUGCAGCGAUGCUCCGGUAGAUUUGUUGUCAAAAGUUGAUUCGUCGUUAUGCAAAAGUGAUUGGAGAGAGCCAAUUGAGGAGGAAAGAAAGGAACCGGAUAUAGAGUCGGAUUCUCUUUCUGAGGAUGAUUCGUCGCACACCGAAACACUACCUAAUCAAUCCGUGCCUAGAGUAGAAGUUCACGAUGAAGGAGGAGAAUUAAUACAAUUAGAUAGUUUAAUGAUUGUUAAUAGUACAGAUGAUAAUGAACAAAAAGCCUCUGGUACCACGACAACGACGGGACCUACUGUUAUAGCUGUUGACUCUGAGUCUUCAGAAUCCUGUAGGGACGCGACAACAUUAGCUUUAACUGAAACAGAAUUAUCAGAUUGGGCUGCUGAAAGUGCCGUUUUAGAUGAUUGCGGUUUCGACGAGAAAGAAGAUAGAAAAAGAAGUAAAAAUCCAAGAAGUCUCAGUGGACCUAAAUUAGUGCAUGAAACCAAAAAUAUAUCUGCUAUGUCACAUGUCUGUGGAAAGACUAGUCCCACAGAGCCGAUUGUUUACUCAAACGCGCUAGAACAUUUCGAAUUUGCUGAUGAAGGCGACCAGGAUCCUUCUAUUGAAGCGCCUGUAACUCCUCGUAAUGAAGGUUAUAUGGAAUUAAUUGAAGACGAAUAUGAUUCGUAUGUUCCUAUGAACGAUCGGUCAAUUAAUUUUAUAGAAAGAAGUUUUUCUGAAACAACCGUUAAGCCAAACAAUGUUGAUAAUGAUCAUAAGGAAACAAACAACGAUAGUUCUGAUAUAAUAAAGUAUAUUGAUGAUCAAGACUCUAAAACUGAUAGUUUACCUAAAGAGGAAGUUUCAAUCCGAAACAAACCGUCUAAUGUUGAACCAGCCGCAAAUGAUUCUUUUGAAAAAUCAAAUAGUAGUAGCGGUAAAAAAGAUGAUUCUUUAUUUCGUGUUACAGAAGAAAGUUCAGCAGAAAAUCAAGACUCUAAAAGUGAUCCUGUAGUAACUACUGCCAGCUACUCGGAUAUAUCACCACCUUUGGAAGAUGAAAGUAAUGAAAGUAAACUCGAUAGCAAUAAUUUAGAAGUUGAAGUAUCUGUCGAUGAUACAUCUCCCCCUCUAGCUAGUGAAAUGUUGAAAUCACAAAAUAGUAUACCUUAUACAAAUAAGCCUCUUACAUUUACUAAUCCCUGUAGUAUUAGAAUAUACGCACCGGCAAUAUGUAGAUCUGCUAGUGAGACUUUUAACAGACCGAACGCACUGGGAACGAGCGAGUUGUAUCACGUGAGAUUGGACUCAGUCUCGGCAACGAGUCCGACGCCCGCACGUGAUACUAUUGAAAAAGUUCAAGAGAUAAAGAAAGAAAGAGAGGAACAGACUGAAGUGGUGAGACGGCUGGUGUUGGAGAGGUUGGGUAACGGACAGAGGGCGAGUAGGAAGUCGACGAGGAAAACUAAGGCAUCGCCAUUGAGCAACAUGCCGCCUCCGGUUCCACCCCCUCCUGUUUUACCAGAGCCGCCCCCUCCCGUGCCACCGCCCCCGGUAAUUGCCUCCCUGCUGCCCCCGCGCCCCGCACCUCCCCUCAUGUCUCUACCCGUCACAUCCUCUUUCUCUGACCCUGACCUUACCCACGAGAGGAGGAGAAAAGGUAUCAUGAGGAGCAUUUCCAAUUACUUGAACAGGCGGUUGGGACCUCGACAAAAGUGUGUCUCGGAGCCGGACCUGACGACGCACGACUCAAGGAGUAGUCGCGAGGCGCACAAGUCGACGGGCGCGCUGCAGGAGCCGCCCCCCGUGCCCCCGCCGCCCGUGAGCUACACGCCGCCCACUCAUCAACGUCGGACGGCACGUAAAGGGCCGGGCGACGAGGACGAGCGCGACGCCAUGCAGUUGUGGUUCGAGGCGCGGUGGGCGAGGCUCGUAGCGCAGAGACGUGCUCGCGACGAGGCGAGAGGUGACCCGGCCUCGCGUCGCGUAGCGCGCCUGCAACGCCGCCUCUCGCGACCUCUUUCUGCGGAACAACAAGCGGCUACGGUAGCCGAGCUUGUACAAGUGUCAGCCCAGCGAGAGGCGCAUCAAGCGUUAAUGGCUGCAGAUAGACGGCGCAGUGGUUCCUGCAACGGAGUUGGCGAUUAAAACUAUCUCUAUCUCCUUAUUUGAUUGAUAUCAUGUAACGAUCUUCAUUACUAUUUCUAAGCUUUAUAAUCAAUGUAUUAUUACUGUUUUAAUAUGAA